AUGUUCUCGUCCCUCCUCUUCCUCCUCCUCUUUCUGCUCACUGGCCCCGAGGCCCUCAUUCGGCAAGACAAGGUUUGGGACCCUGCAGGUCGUCAGUCGCUGAAUGAACCACUCAGUGGGGGCUCUGGUCUACACUGCCUACGCCUCUACCAACAGCGCUGGAAGACCGGGGACUGGGCAGAUUUCUGCAACAGCAACGAACUCCUGCCCAACUGUUUCUUCUGGAACACGGGAUCCGCCUGUGCGCCUCCGCAACAGUGGUGGCAGCGGCAAACCUACUGGCUCUUGUUCGAGUAAGUCAGACUGUCAUACGAGUACUCCGAGGAGUAUGGAUUCCGACUGGGGGGACUACGCCACAGAGGAGCCUUGGCUAGCUUUUGAGGAAACAUCAGUGUCAAGUGAGGUAGCCAGUGAGGCGGUCGGGGUAGAACACGGGAAUAGAAAGCCUGCGUAAUACGACUGACCUGGCGCUAAAUCCCCGGAAAGGUAUUUACUGUCAGUCACCGAUCUCAUGAAAUGUUAACCUAAAUUCUGAAAUGCGUUUUCGAUUUGGAAGGAUUCCUUAAGUAGGGCUGUAAUACUGAUUAUCUUUUGGCCUGAUCCCAUGAUAUUUCAGACAUCCCGAAAUGUUGGUUUUCGAAUAUACUUCCUUUCCGGCCUCCCGCCAAAAAUCAUGAUCGUUAAAAAAUGACUACUUAAGUAGCAUGCGCUUUCUCGGUCGAUUUUCAGUGCUCUUAUAAGCUCAAAAGUAUUUUGUCGGAAACACGUCUGAAAACAUCAUUUCUUGUAAUCAUUUGAUAGCAGACUACGUCUUCUUCAAUUUUGCAUCCCACGAAAUCCUAUCUUCCGGUUUUAAAAUAGGGUAACAAUUGGGAGAUGGCACCCAAAAAAAUUUCGCCCAACCAAAACAGCCUGUCUUACGGGACAGGUGGUAAUAAGGGUUUUACGGGCGGGGCCUUCGAUUGCGUGGAUAAAUAUAAAUAAUACUAAGAAUUUUUUCAGAAAUGGCUUUUCGAACGAUAGAGUUUAACCUCAUCACAAUAUGGCAACAAAAAUGUGCGCGGUGUCGGAUUUACUUGAAGAGGCAGAUAAUAUGAAGUCGGUCCAGCUCGUAUUCCCUGCUUAAUUGCUUUUUUAAAUAGGGGAUUGAAAGCGGAAUGCAGUUGGCUAAAGGAAACGUUCUACGUUGUGCUGUUCAUGACCCUAUGCCUUCAUAUCCUCGCUUUCAAAACGGCACGUUCAAUAAACACAGGUGACGUGAUUGAAAACAUCGCCGCACUUGACCCCGACGAGAGUUGCAAUUUUGUGAAAUUGCUUAGCUGAUGACACCGUCUGUCUAGAAUUGUAUGCUUUUAAAGUUUUCCGGCCCUCAGCAAAAUACCCUUAUUUUAUUCCUUUCAUCAGCCUGUGGACAAACACUUAUGCAGUCCUCCGGCAUAUUCUCAUCGGUAACGGAAUUUUUUGGGUGCCAUCUCCCAAUUGUUACCUAAAAUAGUUUCUAAUUACGAUAUUUUUCAAAACUUUGCAAUGUCCAUUCGAAUAGCAUCGUGUCCUCCACCUAAUAAUGCUCCUCGUCAAGUAUACAACAUGGUUCCUAUCCGCUGCAAUCUUUCAUGAGCCCCGUGUGGUGUUUUUUUAGUGGCAUAAAGGAAGGGAUGUUCUUCUCCACACGGAAAGUAUAAAGCAUGUAGACCGAAAACCUUAAGCGGAAAUUCAGCGGCAGAUCGAGCUCAAAAUUAUUCAAGAACCGAAAAGCUUUUUUAAAACCAAAAUGUGUUAUUUCUUCGUGUAUAAAAUUUAAAGGAAACAUAAUUUGCUAUAGUGAGCGUACAAGAAGUAACAUUUUAUGGAGGUUUUCUAUAAAAUAUAGUUUAAACUACAGGAGCAUCGAAAAUCGAUGGAGAAAAUGCAUACUACUUAGGUGGUCAUGGUUAUCAGGUGCUGUAUUUGCAGACGCCCGAAAAAGUCCACUCAAAAGUCAACACCCUGGCCUGUUUAAAAUGUUACGGGAUUGCGUCGCAAGAUGGUCAGUGUUAUAGCCCCUCCUAAGUAAUCCUUCCUAAUCGAAAGCGCAUUUCAGAACUUUGGUUAAUAUUUCAUAAGAUCGGUCACUGACGGCGUUUUCGUGUCCUAACUCUGGCCUGAUUCCUGACAUUAACCUAAACCCCAAAUUUAAACUUUCCGCUAACUUUUGCCCUAUCCGUAAUCCGAAACCUACCUUAACUCAAACCGUGAAAUUAACCCAAAUAUUAGACCUGACCCUAAAUUUGACUUUGACCCUAAUCCCAGUCGUGAAUUAGCCUUAGCAUUAACUCUGACCCUGAGCUUACCCCUAACUCCAACCCCAACCUUAACCUUAACUUCAGCCCUGACCUUAAUCCCCCUGACAGUUUGACCGUCGUUGCCGACGAUGUCCACCAUGUGUUCCAUACCAAGGUAAGAGCAGGCGCGGUGACUUGUGCGCGCGUUGGUCUAUAGUGGUAAUAGACUUGCACUGCGUCUACCGCACUCUCUCCUCCCCUGCCUGAGUCCAAAGGCGGGAGAGGGCGCAGGUGGCUGACGCGACCGGACUUGCGCCUAGGCGUGCCCCCUAGACUCCCUAGAACUUAGCGCAGAGCCACCUGUAUUACGUGGGUUCUAAUUCCCGUGUCAUGCUAAGGCGGGGAAGGAAGGAAACCAGUUUUUUCAUGCAGACGGAAUUUUAGCUCAAGGGUCCUGUUGUUUGGAUCCCUUUUAUUGUUCAGUGUGAAUAUUCUCGAAAUCACUCUUGGAGAGAAGAAAGAACUCAGUGCUUUCAAAUGGAAGAUAUGACCUGAGUUUGCUUAUAGUAUAAAGCAUUAUGGGGACAAAUCUGAUGUUGUAUCAUGUUCACCAGCUUGUCAACCCCUGGUUUAGAAUCUUGUGCAUCCUAAAAUGAAAAUAAUUGGGUGGGUGUAGGCUUUGCACUAAUUAUUGACGAGUGCUCAACCCCAAACAGGCUUACGAAGAUGAAUAAAUAAGAACGAUUUUGUCAGUGUUGCUCACCAAACUGUGCAUUAUGAACCAAAACCAUGCUAAUCGUCCGUGGACACCUGGGAGUCUGUUCAUACAGAUAAGAAGGAAUAAAUUGGUUUGUUUUAGCGGUAUGAUGCAGUACGCCAUUUGAGAGCGCACACUGGGUUUUAAAAUAUACACAAGCAAGUCCGUUUUCUGAGGUAGAAAUAAGUGGUCUUUCGAAGUGAAGAUUGGGAGAGAACGAAGUGGACAUAUUUAGGAAACGUUUCAUGCAUAUUUGAGAGACAUGAUUGAAAAACAGUAGGAAAUUGCAUGUUUAAUAAGCAGAAAUGGCCGUGGGUACGAUUUGCAAAAGCACGUCGAAAGCUUCCUAGCCUAGCGGACAAUAAUUUGUCGAAUAUGAAUUUUCUUUCUGCUUGGUGUCGCUAGCGUGACCGCAAUAACAGUAGGCGUGCUAACUCAUGAAAUGUUAACCGAAAUUCUGAAGAAUGUUUUCGUUUCGAAAAGACUGCCUAAGUAGGGUUUUAAAAUCGAUAAUCAUGCGGCACGGUUCUACAAUAAUUCAGUUACCUAAAGAUACCGGCUUUCGAAUGAACUUCCUUUUGUUUGCAUGCAAAAACCAUACUUCGUAAAAAAUAACUACUGAAGUAGCAUGCAUUUUUCUCAUUGAUUUUCGAUGCCCCUAAAUGUCCAAUUAUAUUUCAUGGAAAACAUGCAUAAAAAUAUUUAUUUUUGUUCAUUCGAUAGAAACUGUCGUCUUUUUCCAAUUUUAUAGUCGAAGGAAGGGUAUAAUUCGGUUUUCAAGAACUUUUCCAAUCCCCGAACAAUUCUUAACCCUACCUGCCGUUACACUUGCAUUCAGGGUUUCCAAGCUACAAUUCAUCUUUUAUGAACCACGUUGGCCUUUGUCCCUACCUUUUUAAACAUAUACCUGUUCGGCUGGCCAGCGUACAUGCCCAAAGAAAAUAACUGAUGAUGGACGGAAACAUAUUUGUUUGAUGAUGGGAUGAUGAUUGCUUGUUGAUGGGACUCUUUGUCAAAGUGGGAAGACUCUACACCCUACAAACCCCACGAUUGCAGUAGUUCUUUUCCGCCUCAAACGCAGACGCCAGACGCUGCGCAAAGUCUCCUCAUCACUACCUCCGCAAUUGGUGUUGGUCCUUUUUGUACGCCUAGAACAAACUCCUUGAGCAACAGACGCAUAGUUAACUGUGUUAAGGGGAUGAGCGUUAAGUCACCUAAAGCCUUUAUUUACAAUCAGUUUUGGAUGCUACUAUUAAGGUUUGAGUAGCAGUAAUUUUGCCGGUUGAUUUUUACGUUCCGAAUUCUGUAAUUAGGAAGUGACUGUAGGAAUGGCAUCUAAAUAUACCCUACCUUCAAUUGUAGGGGUCCCUUCUUCAACGGACGCUACGCACUGCUUCAGGCCGGAGAAUGCAGGCAAGACCUGCGACGCAUGGGUCUGCAAACUGUUGGCUCGGUGCUGAUCUGCGAGUUGGCUAACAACGGAUACAUCAACUGUCAGGUUCCAGUACGACCCUGGCGUCAGUAUAAUGCUGCAAGUACCUUCCAACAACAAAAACAACGAUCCGGCAGCCCCGGCAGUGAGAGCACUUUCGCUGCGCUGGCCGCUGGGACACCAACGUUAAAUAUUGAGGGUCAACUGUCCUUGGAUCAGUUGCAGUCCGGGCAGCUUAAAGAACAAUAG